AUGAUUGCUAAGUUUGAAGAUAAUAAACAAUUAAUUGAAUCGUUAAAUAUUCCUGAACAUUGUGAUUUUAAAGACGAAGAUAAAUCAUUAGGAUCAGGAGGAUAUGGUGAAGUUAUUUUAGCCAGAAGACCGCAAAAUAAAGAACUUGUAGUACUUAAAUGUUUUAAAUCUCAAUUUGAAACCUGCCUUCGUCCAUCUGUUGUGCGUGAGAUAUGUGCCUUAAGUCAAUUUAACCAUCCAAACGUUGUAAAAUUGCUAGAUAUCUGCUGCGAAGAAUGUAUACUACAUGGGUCUAUGUUUCCAAAAUUUACGAUAGCACUCGAGUAUUGCUGUUGUGACCUUACCGAUCUCCUGAAAAAUCAGGUUCAAUACAAAGCACCCCAUUACAAAAGCAUUAUUCAGCAAAUUUUGCUUGGCUUGCAACACAUUCAUAGCUCAGGUUUCAUACAUAGAGACUUAAAGCUGGCAAACGUUCUAAUUGGUCGAGAUGGAAGCAUCAAAGUAGCUGACUUCGGAUUAUCUCGUUUGAAGAACCAGCUCGGCCUUUAUACUCCACGUAUUGGAACGAAGAGAUAUAGGCCUCCAGAAGUUGUGCUCCUACUCGGUCGGUAUGAUGAAACUUUUGACAUAUUCAGUGCUGGAGGCAAUUCCGAUAGAACCUUAGCAAAGUCCAUGGUAGAAAUGCUGGGCGACAUCGAUGAUAAAAGUCUUCCUGGAUCGCAGAGAUCACGUGCAUAUAUGCGUCUAUUUGAUGGUGUACGUAUUGCGUCUCCCAUAUUCAAGGCACGUAUGCAGAUGAUGGGUGCUUCAUCGGAAACAAUUAACUUCGCAACUAGACUUCUUGCUAUCAACCCAAGUAAUCGGCCAAAAGCAAGUGAAGCCCUAGAUGAUCCAUACUUUGUCAAUGACCCACAGCCAGAUGGAAAUUUACUUCCACUUCUUCCUUCCAGGCUGAGAUGUCGUGACUAA